UGAUUUCUAGCUGCAAGAAGAGUUAUAGUAUUUCCGUUUCGAUACAUGAUGGCCAUGAUGGGAUCUAUCGGCCUCGCUAUUCUUUAUGGUUUUAAAGUCAAUGCUAGCGUGGCGAUUGUCGCUAUGGUGAACCAUACAGCUGUCAAAUUAUCCACAUACAAUUUAGAAACUGACGACAAUACUACGACAGUGAGCGCAAACGUUUGUCAGUUUGACGAUGCCUUCAAUGUUGCAAAAUUAAAGUCUCAGGAUGGUCCAUUUGCAUGGGAUGAGAUUAUUCAGGGUUUAAUUCUAUCUUCUUAUUUCUGGGGCUAUACAGUGUCUAUGUUGCCGGGUGGAAGACUAGCAGAACUCUGGUCAGCCAAAUGGGUAAUGAAUGGAUCAGUCCUGUUAAAUCUCGCAGUUUCCAUAUUGACACCCAUCGCCGCGAAUAUUCAUUACUCACUCUUCAUAGCAAUGAGAUUUCUUCAGGGAAUCGGCGGAGGUGUAUCAUUUCCUGCUAUGCAUGUUAUGAUAGCCAAAUGGUCACCACCGAAUGAAAGGAGCUUCAUUGCCUCGCUUGUGUAUGCAGGGACUGCACUAGGUACCGUAAUAUCUAUCUUGUUAACCGGUCUGCUGGCCGCGAAUCUCGGUUGGGAGUCCAUCUUCUACGUAGAAGGCGCGCUUUGUCUGAUUUGGUGCAUCGCUUGGUGGUUGGUGAUAGCAGAUUCUCCGGAAAAACAGAUGAGAUUCAUCAGUCCAAAAGAAAAAAAUUAUAUCAUCACGUCUUUGGGCGGAUAUGACAAGAAAGAUGUCCCUAAAACGGUUCCAUGGGGACAAGUGUUUCGUUCCAAACCAUUCAUAGCGAUUCUAGUUGCCCAUUUUUGUAGCAAUUUCGGCUGGUACAUGCUACUUAUUGAACUGCCCACAUUUAUGAAUCAGAUCUUGAAAUUUGAUAUGAGCUCCAACGCAACAUUGUCGUCCGUGCCGUUUUUGUGCAUGUGGUUCUUCACUAUGAGUCUCAGCAAAGUGUUAGUUAUUUUGCAGGAAAGAGGUCUGAUCACAGUAACGAUAUCUAGAAAAAUCGGCACUCUUUUUGCGUCUGUCGUACCCAUGCUCUGUUUGAUACAAGUGUCAUAUGUUGGAUGCGAUCGCGUUAGAGCAGUUAUAUUGAUGACAAUCGGAAUAGCAUGCAUCGGUGGAAUGUAUUGCGGCUUUUUGGCAAAUCAUAUAGAUAUCGCGCCCAACUUUGCUGGUACUCUGGUGGCGAUGACAAACGUCGUGGCAACUAUACCUGGCUUCGUUGUGCCAGUAUUUGUGGGAAAACUGACUCAUGGAAAUCAAACCAUAGAAGCAUGGAGAAUUAUAUUCCUCGUAACCAAUAUUCUAUACGUAAUUGAAAUACUGGUUUACACUAUCUUUGGAAGCGGCAACGAACAACCAUGGAACAAAAUUAAAACAUCUGAUGAAGUAAGUGAUCAAACAUUACCUUUAAGAGAGAAUAAUGCGAAAUAUGGUACGUAAAAUUUUACAUAUGUAUAUACUUUUUAAGAUGCUCUGUCUUAAUUUAUAAUUAAUUAUUUAUGUUUCAUUGUAAACGAUUCUGUAGAUCUUUCUGUAGACUUUUCAUAUGUGUACAUAUACAUAUAUUUUGUGCUAUAUUUAUGCAAAAUAUAAUAGA